CAGCGGGGUGGGGGUGCGGGGCGCGCCGCCGUGUGCGCGCCCGCCCGCACGCGUGUGCGCGCCCGGGUGUGUGUGAGCGCGCGUGUGUGCGUGCGUGCCCGCCCGGCGGGGUGCGCGAGGGGGAGAGCGCGAGGGCGAGCGGGGAGCGAGCGAGUUGCGCAGCUGCGGUGCGCACAGCCCCGCCGCCAGCAGCAGCAGCAGCAGCAGCAGCAGCAGCAGCACCUCAGCGGCACGGAGCGAGCGGAGCUGCUAGCUGCGCUGGAGAGAGACGCGCAGGGAGGAGGAGGAGGAGGAGGAAGAAGAAGAAGAAGAAGAAGAAGAGGAGCAGGAGGAGGAGAGGAGCAGCAGCAGCAGGAGGAGGAGGAGGAGGAGAGCGACGGAGAAGACGGGGGAGGAGGAGGGAGAAGAGGAGGCCACACGGACACCAACUGGAACAAAGUAUUUCCAAACCAGCACCCAACUCCACCUUGUGAGGCUCCCAGCAUGGCUUCCGAGGAACUCUACGAGGUAGAGAGAAUUGUUGACAAGAGGAAAAACAAGAAGGGAAAGACAGAGUAUUUGGUGCGAUGGAAAGGAUAUGACAGUGAAGACGACACCUGGGAGCCAGAACAGCACCUUGUUAAUUGUGAGGAGUAUAUACAUGAAUUUAACAGGCGUCACAAUGAAAAGCAAAAAGAAAGCACAUUAACUAGGACAAAUAGGACCUCUCCAAAUAACGCCAGAAAACAAAUUUCUAGGUCUACCAAUAGUUCUUUUUCAAAGACUUCCACUAAAUCUUUAGUUAUGAGUAAAGACCACGAGUCAAAAAAUAAUCAACUCUUUACUGCCACACAGAAGUUCCGGAAAAACAAUUCACCAUCUCUUUCUGGAAGGAAAAAUAUGGACCUUGCAAAAUCAGGUAUUAAAAUCCUAGUGCCCAAAAGUCCAAUUAAGAGCCGGACAGCAGUUGAUGGCUUCCAAAAUGAAAGCCCUGAUAAAAUGGACCACACAGAGCAGGAUCAAGAAGACUCUGUAGCACCUGAAGUAGCAGCAGAAAAACCCGUGGGAGCUUUAUUAGGACCUGGUGCAGAGCGUGCCAGGAUGGGGAGCCGACCAAGGAUACAUCCAUUAGUGCCACAAUUGCCAGUGCCAGUAACAGCCACAAUUGCAUCAGCAUUAACAAUAAAUGGAAAAGGUACAUCUACCUUUAUGGAAGCAUUAGCAGCCAAUGGUACAACCAACAUACAGACUUCUGUGACAGGAGUGACAGCCAGCAAGCGGAGGUUUAUUGACGACAGGAGGGAUCAACCUUUUGAUAAAAGGCUGCGGUUCAGUGUGAGACAAACGGAGAGUGCAUACCGGUACAGAGACAUUGUUGUCAGGAAACAAGAUGGAUUCACGCACAUCUUGCUAUCAACAAAAUCAUCUGAAAAUAACUCACUAAAUCCAGAGGUAAUGAAGGAAGUCCAAAGUGCACUGAACACAGCAGCUGCAGAUGACAGCAAACUCGUGCUGUUCAGUGCAGUUGGUAGCAUUUUCUGCUGCGGUCUUGAUUUUAUUUAUUUUAUACGACGUUUAACAGAUGAUAGAAAAAAGGAAAGCACUAAGAUGGCAGAAGCUAUUAGGAAUUUUGUGAAUACUUUUAUUCAGUUUAAGAAGCCUAUCAUUGUAGCAGUAAAUGGCCCAGCCAUUGGACUUGGAGCAUCUAUAUUGCCUCUGUGUGACGUGGUUUGGGCUAAUGAGAAGGCUUGGUUUCAGACACCAUACACUACUUUUGGACAAAGUCCAGAUGGAUGUUCAUCCCUUACAUUCCCCCGGAUAAUGGGCCUGGCUUCUGCCAAUGAAAUGUUGUUCAGUGGAAGGAAGUUGACUGCGCAGGAAGCUUGUGCCAAAGGACUGGUCUCUCAAGUGUUUUGGCCAGGAACGUUCACACAAGAAGUAAUGGUUCGAAUAAAGGAACUGGUGACAUGUAAUUCAGUUGUACUUGAAGAAUCCAAAGCUCUAGUACGUAAUAUUAUGAAGGUGGACUUGGAACAAGCAAAUGAAAAAGAGUGUGAAGUUUUGAAGAAAAUCUGGGGCUCAGCACAGGGGAUGGACUCCAUGUUAAAAUAUCUGCAAAGAAAAAUCGAUGAGUUCUGAUGAGGUGCCCAUUGACACUGGAAUUGUACUUCUUGGACAUCAGGGCAAACAAAAUAUGCCCGUUUUAAAACCUAUAUAAACUCACCCCUGGCUCAGCUUGGGAACAGUAGUAAAUCCCUCCUCCCCACCCCCCCC